AGCAAGAUUGUGCGCGAGGAUUUUACAGCGUCGCCACAGCACUCGCACGAGUGUACGGUUUUUUUAUUAUACCCCAGUGGAGCGUACCCAACGACAAACAAAGAGUAGCCUUGUCAGCCAAGAUUUCUCAAGACGUAAAAAUGCUGGUGAAAUCAAACAGCGAGUAUGACUCCUUCCUCUACUGGAGACAGCCCAUCUCAGCCCCCGACCUGUCCGAGCUGGAAGACCUGGGUGUGACCAACAGCAAGCCAACCAAGAAGAGCAAGAAGGCCACCAAGAAACAGAAUGCUGCCUUAGCCAAGCCAAGGAAGCAGCAAGAGGCACAGGAGGCUGAAUUGUCAGAGUACACCACCUUCAACUACUGGAGAGAGCCUAUCCCCAGCAUCGACCUCCUCGACUUCAACCUGCUUCUGUGAGAACCAUCCCCAUCUCAGCCUCCCAGUCAUAAGACCUUCCCUCUCCUCACACUGACCCCCAUCUGGAUAAACAUGGAUUUUGUUAAGUUUCUGGUCCCAAGAAGAAGUACUGAAUCUGUCUGUACUGUGCAUUUUUGUUUAGGAUCCCGCCCCUUUUUUUAUUUAUUUAUAUUUUCGCCUAAAAUGACAUACCCAAAUCUAACUGCCUGACCUGAAGCAAGGAUAUGCAUAUUCUUGAUGCCAUUUGA